UUCGGGGGCGUGGUCUGAGCGCGGAGGGGCGUGGCCUUGGGUUUAGGGGCGUGGCCUAGAACUCGGGGGCGUGGUCUGAGCGCGAUGGGGGCGUGGUUUAUGCGAUGGGGGCGUGGUUUAUGCGAAGGGGGCGUGGUCACUUGUGAAUAGGGGGCGUGGCCUCAACCAAGGGGGGCGUGGCUUUGGUCUCGGGGGCGUGGUCUGAGCUCGGAGGGGGCGUGGUCCCGGCCCCGUGGGCGUGUCCUGCGGGUGGUGGGGGCGUUCCCCGCGGCUCCCCGUGCCCCCGCCGUGCGGUGCCGGGUGCCGGGUGCUGGGUGCCGGCAGCUCCGUGCGUACCGGGGGCGAUGGGCAGCGGCGGCUCGGCGCGGCCGGUGUCGGCCGAGGGCCCCGGGGGCUCGGAGCAGCGCCUGGAGGUGCGCGGCGGGCGGCUGCCGGCGGCGCUGUGGGCGCAGCGCGGGCUGGUCAAGCUGUACCUGAGCGGCGCGGGGCUGCGGGAGCUGCCGGCCGAGCUGGCGGCGCUGCGGCACCUCCGCACGCUGGCCCUGGACGGCAACGAGCUGCUGGAGGUGCCCGAGGCGCUGUGCCGCCUGCCGCGCCUGGCCUACCUCUACCUGGGCCGCAACGGGCUGCAGGGGCUGCCGCCCGCCUUCGCCCGCCUGCAGAGCCUGCGCUGCCUCUGGCUGGAGGGCAACUUCGUGGCCCGCUUCCCCCGCGCCCUGCUGGGCCUGCCCGGCCUGCGCAGCCUGCAGCUGGGCGACAACCGCCUGGCGCGCCUGCCCCGCGCCCUGCCCCGCAUGGCCGGCCUGCGCGGGCUCUGGCUCUACGGCAACCGCUUCGAGGAGUUCCCCCCGGCCCUGCUGCGCAUGGGCCAGCUCCGCGUCCUCGACCUGGACCGCAACCGCAUCGCCCGCUUCCCCGACCUGGCCGGCCUGGCCGGGCUGCGCCUGCUCUCCUACGACCACAACCCCGUGCGGAGGCCGCCCCGCGUGGCCGACGCCGUGAGGCUGGUGGGUGACGGGGCGCAGGAGUACAUGGAGGCGCGGGAGGAGCGCCUGCAGGGCCUCCGGAGCCAGGGCGAGAAGGAGGAGGAGGAGGAGGAAGGCGCCGAGGCCUCCCCGGCGGCCCCUGGGGAUGGCUCCCCGCUGCUGGGGGACGCGGAGGGCGGCGGUGCGGCCCUGCCGGGCUCCCCCGGGGAGACGUGAGGUGCUGUGCUGCAGCUGGACACCCCCAGGAUGUGCCACCAGGCUGCCGAGGACCAGCAUCUCCCACCUAGGGCGUGCAGAAUGGGAAGCCUGCAGCCUCUGCACAAGGGAAAGCAGUCCCCAAUUUGCUGGGACCACAAAGAGCCGCCACCUGGACCCGCAGGGCUCAUGGCUUGCAUCCACAAGUCCACCUUAGAGCACCCUGCGUAAGCACAGGGCUCAAGCACCGGACAAGGGAAGCCUCCCUCUGCCUGCUGGGCGGCCCUGCAGACCCUGCUCACCCACAGGACAGGCGUCCCUGAGAAGCUGGUGUCCCAGGAGCACGGCUCUGGGGACGUUCCUACACCGAGCUGCAGACCCCGUUGCCUUGAAGAGUGAGAAACGCACAAACCUCUUCUGCACGCAGAAUCAGGCUCUGGAGACAGGGCUGCAGGCUCACCGUCCCUCUUCCCCUCCUCGAGCCCCAUUUGUCCCAAACCCUGGCAAUAAAAAGCACAAAUCC